UUUAACUGCACGUACGUCGCAUUCACUGCAUACGGCCGGCGCGACCUGCAAAGCAAAACAAACGAUCGCACAUGUCGAUUUGGUGACUGUGAUUGGUUAAAACUUAUGGCUUCCUCUUGAAAUUAUGCGUUGAUUGGUCAAUCGAAACUUUGUACUGUGAAUUUUAAUAUACAACUCAGACAUUAAAGAUUAGUUGAUAGCUAUUUUCACACAUUUUUUACCUGUCCAUAUUUCCUUAUUUAUCACUUAGUUCACACCCUGCAAUUUGUCAAUCCCUGACCCUUCCUGCAAUUUUUUUUGCCAAGUCAUCCCAUUGCAUGCUGAUCAAGUGCAUGCAGCGUCUAUACCAAAGAAUAUUCUACAAAAUUUCUAGUUUAGAUUCUUCAAUCAUUGUGUGAAGCCUAAAUUCAAAUUUAUGAAGGAGAGAUCGAGAGAGGCCUAAAAGCAAGAUGGAUGAGAUUUUGAGUGGCGAGAUAAGAGAUGAAGAUGAUUUUUACAAACUCCUGGGAUGUGAUGAGUUGUCAUCGACGGAGCAAAUAAAUACCGAGUUCAAGUUAAAGGCACGUACUGCCCACCCAGAUAAGAACCCAGAUGAUCCCGACGCAGCGCAGAGGUUUGCCAAGCUUCAACGAGCCCGUGACAUCUUGACGGACGACCAGAAACGACAGGAGUACGACCUCUGGCGACGCAGUGGAAUCACUAUCCCCUACGACUCCUGGAUUUCAAUGAAAGGUGCCGUGCAUACUUCCAUGCAUUGGGCAGUAAAGAAGAAGAAAGACUUAAUGCUUGAAGAAGACCCAGAGAACGUCCCUGAAUCUCCUGAGUUUAGCGACACAAAUGUUCCUCCACCUUCAAGAACAGUUGCUCCACCUUCAAAUUAUGGUCAUUCCAGGCCUUUUGUUCCGGCUGGUUGGACCAGGGAACCAGCGAAUGAUAUCCUACAGAAAUUCAGGAACUACAACAUAUAAACUGAAGUUAUUUAGUGUUUUCUUAAAUUGUCUAAUCAUGGAAAGCCUUCGUUUAAAGUAACCACCUCCCUCUGCUUAUUUGGUUCUCACGCAAUAUGAAGUACAUGUAUUUGUUAAGUCAUGGUAAUAGUUGUGAGUGCAUGGGGAUUUAAAUUGUAUUACUAUUAUAAACCUUGUUGUAUCCUACAUUCAAUAUGCACUUCAACUGAAUGCUCAUUGUUUAUUGCAUGGCAUUACUACAGGGUAGCGGCGUAGGGGGGUGUUACAGGGGGUUGCCCAAUUUCUCCGAGUGUAUGUGCUAUUGAAAUAUGGGUCGAGAUGUUUCUCUUUUUGACCUUAAAAUGUGUAUUUUUAAUACUAUAUUCUUUUUUCUGCUGUGUAUGUACUCGAACUUACCACUUCACCUAUGUAUGUAAUAUAUACAUUUUAAUGCCAAAUAGAUUGAACCUUUUUCACUUUGAACUGUUAAACUUUAUCAUUAAAUAAUGCACCACUGACAAAUCUGUGUUUGGUGUUUUGUGUAUUGGUUAUGAAGUGUGUCACCUAAUUGUCUGAUUGUGUGUAUGACUGUUUUAAAAAUAGAGGUAAAAUAAAUAAGUACAACAAUGAUUAAAUC